GCAUCCGUGACGUCACAAAGGCCUUGCCAAAGUGAAAUGCGGCGUACUAAAUGAUAAAGAUAAUCAUUGUCUAAUAAAUUUAAUUUUAUGCGACCUUUUUAAUGAGAUUGAAAUUAAUUUGAUUGCUGUUUCAAUCUUUGUAUCAAUUUUAAAAUUUUUACUGCAUCAGUACGCGUCAACAUAUUAAGUACAUUGUAUCCUAAGUCGUAUUAAUCUGGAAGCUACGUAAUUGCAAAUUUUUAGACAUCUUUUGUUAAAUAUAACUCAUGGCGGCUGUAGUCAGCGAGUCAUCAGGUAACAUGCCAGUUUGUGUCAAUGGAAACAAAAGAAGCAAAACUAAUGACCUUAACAUAACUACUGCUGUGGCUUUGCAAAGUUUAGCUGAACUGGCUCACCGUGAAUAUCAGAUGGGAGAUUAUGAGAAUGCAGAAAGGCAUUGCAUGCAACUCUGGAGACAAGAUCCAACCAAUACUGGAGUCUUGCUUUUACUCAGUUCUAUUCAUUUUCAGUGUAGAAGAUUAGACAAGUCUGCUCAUUUUAGUACCUUAGCCAUAAAGCAAAAUCCUAUGCUGGCAGAAGCAUAUUCUAACUUGGGAAAUGUCUUCAAGGAAAGAGGGCAGUUGCAGGAGGCUUUAGAAAAUUAUAGGCACGCAGUUCGAUUGAAACCAGAUUUUAUUGAUGGCUACAUCAACUUGGCUGCUGCUCUUGUUGCUGCAGGGGACAUGGAACAAGCAGUUCAAGCUUAUGUGUCAGCUUUGCAAUACAAUCCUGACCUGUAUUGUGUUAGGAGUGAUUUAGGUAAUCUUUUAAAAGCGUUAGGGAGAUUAGAUGAAGCAAAGGCAUGCUACUUAAAAGCUAUUGAAACCUGUCCAACUUUUGCUGUUGCAUGGAGCAACUUGGGAUGUGUUUUCAAUGCUCAGGGAGAAAUAUGGUUGGCUAUUCAUCAUUUUGAGAAAGCUGUGGCAUUGGAUCCUAAUUUCUUGGAUGCAUAUAUAAAUUUGGGAAAUGUUUUAAAAGAAGCCAGAAUAUUUGACAGAGCUGUUGCUGCAUAUCUCCGUGCAUUGAAUUUAAACCCAAGCAAUGCUGUUGUUCAUGGGAACUUGGCUUGUGUUUAUUAUGAACAAGGCUUGAUUGACCUAGCUAUUGAUACAUAUCGGCGUGCAAUUGAACUGCAACCUAAUUUUCCUGAUGCUUACUGCAAUCUGGCAAAUGCUUUGAAAGAAAAGGGCCUUGUAUCAGAAGCUGAAGACUGUUACAACACAGCUCUCCGACUGUGCCCUACACAUGCAGAUUCCCUCAACAAUCUUGCAAAUAUCAAGCGUGAACAGGGCUUUAUUGAAGAAGCUACUCGUCUAUAUCUGAAGGCUUUAGAAGUUUUUCCUGAAUUUGCUGCAGCUCAUUCUAAUUUAGCCAGUGUGUUGCAACAGCAAGGAAAGUUAAACGAAGCCCUGAUGCAUUACAAAGAAGCUAUUAGGAUAUCUCCUACAUUUGCUGAUGCAUAUUCAAAUAUGGGGAACACCUUGAAAGAAAUGGGAGACAUACAAGGUGCCUUGCAAUGUUACUCUAGAGCUAUUCAAAUCAAUCCUGCUUUUGCUGAUGCCCAUAGUAAUUUAGCAUCAAUUCACAAGGAUUCUGGAAAUAUUCCUGAAGCCAUAGCAUCAUAUCGAACAGCUCUUAAGUUAAAACCAGAUUUUCCUGAUGCUUAUUGCAACUUAGCUCACUGUUUACAGAUUGUUUGUGAUUGGACUGACUAUGAAGCCCGUAUGAAAAAGUUGGUAUCAAUUGUGGCAGAUCAGUUGGAAAAGAACAGGUUGCCAUCUGUUCAUCCACAUCAUAGUAUGCUUUAUCCUCUCUCUCAUGAGUUUAGGAAAGCAAUUGCUGCUCGUCAUGCAAAUCUCUGUUUAGAAAAGAUUCAAGUUUUGCACAAACCUCCUUAUCAACAUCCUAAAGAGCUGAAAACUAAAAUUCUUAAGAUAGGAUAUGUGAGUUCUGAUUUUGGCAACCAUCCUACCUCUCAUCUCAUGCAAAGUGUACCUGGGAUGCAUAAUAGAGAUAAAGUUGAAAUAUUUUGUUAUGCUCUUAGUCCUGAUGAUGGUACUACUUUUAGAUCUAAAAUUGCACAGGAAGCUCAUCAUUUCAUAGAUCUCUCUCAGAUGCCCUGCAAUGGAAAAGCAGCUGAUAAAAUAUUUGCCGAUGGUAUUCAUAUUUUAGUUAAUAUGAAUGGUUACACAAAAGGGGCUAGAAAUGAAAUAUUUGCUCUCAGACCUGCUCCUAUACAGGUGAUGUGGUUGGGAUACCCUGGCACUAGUGGUGCUCCUUUUAUGGAUUACAUUAUUACUGACCGAGUAACAUCUCCAGUAAAUCUUGCUCAACAGUACUCAGAGAAAUUGGCCUUCAUGCCUGACACAUUUUUUGUAGGAGACCAUUGGCAGAUGUUUCCACAUCUGAUUGAAAGAGCUAUCAUUGAUGAUAAAGAUUCUGUUGGCAGGAAGGCUGAGGUUCCUGAUAAUGUUAGCAUAGUAAAUGCUACAGAUUUAUCACCAAUCAUAGAAAAGGCUGAAGUAAAAAAAAUUCGUGAAGUAGCUGUAGCUACAUCUAUAGCCUCUGCAGAAGAAGAACCAAAAAUAGAAAAAGUGGAAGUUGUAAAGACUGUUAUUGAAUUGCCUUCAAUACCUGUGCAAAACAUGAUUAGUACAGGACAAGUACAGACCUCAGUUAAUGGAAUUGUGGUUCAGAAUGGUUUGGCUACCAACCAGAUAAAUAACAAGGCUGCAACUGGUGAAGAGGCACCCAAAAGCAUAUUGGUAACAUCUAGACAACAGUAUGGCUUACCAGAAGAUGCGAUUGUAUAUUGUAAUUUCAAUCAGUUAUAUAAAAUAGAUCCAGCCACCCUCCAAAGUUGGGUUAAUAUAUUGAAAAGAGUGCCAAACAGUGUUUUGUGGCUUCUUAGAUUCCCUGCUGUAGGUGAGGCUAAUAUCUUGCAAUCUGCAAACCAGCUUGGAUUGUCUUCAAACAGACUAAUCUUUUCAAAUGUUGCUGCCAAAGAAGAGCAUGUACGUCGUGGUCAGCUGGCUGAUUUAUGUUUAGAUACACCUCUAUGCAAUGGUCACACCACAGGCAUGGAUGUUCUAUGGGCAGGGACACCCAUGGUUACAUUGGCAGGUGAAACGCUAGCAUCUCGAGUGGCCUCAUCUCAAUUGACUUGCUUGGGUGUACCUGAAUUGAUUGCACAUACAAGACAAGAAUAUGAGGAUAUUGCUGUGCGGCUGGGUACUGAUAAAGAAUAUUUAAAAGUAAUUCGAGGUAAAGUGUGGGCUGCUCGAACAGAAAGUCCUUUGUUUAAUGUCAAGACUUAUGCUACAAAUUUGGAGAGAUUAUUCUAUGCCAUGUGGAGUAAACAUGAAAGAGGAGAAAAACCAAAUCACAUUACAGAAGUAUAGUUUUAAAAAAACUGUUGAUUCUUCAAAAGAGGAAGAAGGGAAACUGUAUUAAUGACCGACAGAAAUCACUCUGUGAUGCCUUGUUCCUGACACUUAUUUCAAUUAUUUGCUUGUAUUAUAGCAACGUCUGAUUCAACUGUCCAUAAUCAUCAUUUCAUACUUAUGUUAUUAGAUUUAUUUUAUUUUAUUGCUUGUGGAUAUAUACAUAUAUCUAAGCCUGUGAAAUUACUGAAGCUGUGUUGUAUUGGUUGGAUUGAAAUAAAGUCUGAAUAUCUGA